CUAAAAAAAUAUUCCUUUUCGGUUGUUUUUUCUGUGAUAUAUCGAAGAAUUUUAGGUUUUGCUGGAAAUUUAAAUUGGCAAUGCGGUUCAGAAACACUUUCAAAAACGAUAAGCCAAGCUAUCGUUGAGCGCGACUUUUCUAUAAAUAAUUGUUGCAUCGAUCAUGAUAACUGCUAUGAUAAGCAACUUGGACGCGAACACUGCGACGAUAUUUUAUGCGCUUGCAUUGAUAACGCAACAAAGCCGAGUGAUAUAUGCAACCGGGAAAAUAGUCCUAUUUUUUGUAAAUUAGUUCGCUUGCUUGGCGAAGAACCUUACAGGCAGUCUGCGAAAAAGUCAAUAUUACUAAAAACAUCUAAAUCGCCUCAAUUGUGUUAUCUUAUGAUAAAAUCAUUAAAGUAA